GAUGAUGAAAAUAAAGAAAAUAAAGAGAUGUGUAAUGAGAAAAAAGAAUUAGCAGUUAAUACUAAGGAAGGAUGCAAUAGUGAAUUAGUUUCUAUAUCAAUUGUAAAGCAUGAAACUUGUAAAGCUAAGAAUAAAGCUCAAGAGGAUAUUAAGAUAGAUACAAACGAUAAUCAAACGAAUUCUUCAACCAGACUAAAACGCAAAAAACGAAAGGAACAAAACAAAAAAAAUGAUAAGCAAAUAACAAUUCGAAAAGGAAAAAGAAAAAGAAAACCUAAAGUUCUAUUUUAUGAAGACAAUUAUGAGACGGACACGAAGGGCCCGUCCCCGAAACGGCGCAGACGGGGCAAGGACUGGAGCCACAUAGUGACGCUCCCAGGCAACACGGUGACAUACAAGUGCACCUUCUGCGAAAAGAUGUUCAAAAGUCCGCGAGGCAAGUGGUACCACACGAGCUGUCCCAGUGGAGAAGCCCCAUUUCGCUGUCACCUCUGCGCCAGGACCUUUGCCAAACGCUCGCAUUUCGAGUACCACGAGAGGAUGCACUCCGGACACAAGCCCUUCGCAUGCAAUUUCUGCGAUAAAAGCUUCGUGCAGAAGAGCAAACUUAAUCGCCAUCUGCUCAUUCAUAAACAACAAAAUGAUAUCGAGUGCGCAGAAUGUGGAAGAAGAUUUAGUACAAAGCAGUACUUGAAAAAUCAUAUGUCGAUUCAUCAAAAUAAUUCAUAUAAAUGCAAGUUUUGCCCGAAAACGUUUACUCUUGCAUUUAACAGAAAACGUCACGAACGAUCACACUCAACUGAUAGGCCAUAUAAAUGCGAUAUUUGCUCUAAAGAUUUCAAAGAUGUAAAACCAUAUUCAUGUAAUCAAUGUAACCUUGAAUUUCGCCGUAAGGAUAAUCUGAAUCGUCACGUGAAGCAUCAUCAUGUACUUGAUUCGGAUACAUUAAAGACUGUAGAAAAUGAUUUUAAGGAACAAGCCGACAAUACUGAAAGAAUUGUGAAUGGUAAUGCAAAUGAGAAAUUGUCAAAUCAGGAGGAGCGAUCAAUUGAAGAAAAAAGUUCCAAAUUCAAGAAUAAUAUCGAGAAGCCAACGAAUAAUGUAAAAACCAAACCAAAGCAAAAGCGAACUUCUAGAUCAAACUCAAUUUCGAGUACCAAGAGUAUACUUAAAACAUCUCUGUGCUCUCCUCAGCCCCAUCGACAGGCGGGCUCGAAACCGGACGUGAGCAACGCAGUGCCUGUAAUCCGAGGGCCUAUAAGUAUUAAACGUUUUGCCGAAGGCAGCGAAAUAAUGGGCACGCGACUCGGUUUCACCCAAUCCAUUCCUCCCGAGGAAGCUGUUGUUCUUAAUCGCCAGAUAGAGGAAAAAAUCUACACUCAGGAUUCUUUCUGUAUCUACCCGGGUCUGAAUCGCAGAGCCAACUCUAUCGUGAGGAGAAGAGACAGUUGCGGUAGCAAUUCCAACUCAAACGAUGAUACAAGCUUCGCAUGCAAGCAAAAUCCAGAGAAAUCAAAGACUGUACAUUUUGCUAAGGAGGAGCAGUGCGAAGUACUCAGAACCGACAAGCCUAAAGUUGUGAAGGACAUCAAUCUCCAUUGGAGACGCAGAACUGCCGAGUCUCUGAAAACCAAAAUCUCCAAAAGCAAGCAGACUUGA